AUGACGAAGGCCACCGUCCAAGCCAUUGAAAGAGCCAUGGCCAGCCUUAGUCUGACAGAGAUCAAGGACACAGACAGAACUGCCACGAUCAGCUCCAGUCCAGAUGAUCCAGUGAUACGGAUUCUUAUGAUGGGCAGAAACGCUUCUGGGAAAAGCUCAUCAGGAAACACUAUACUGGGAGAGAAGAGGUUUAAAGUCCAAAAACAUAAAAAGAAGCAUGAAGCUGAAAUUUAUGAUGCAGUAACACAUAUCGGAGAGAAGCAGGUGCAUGUGAUUGAUUGUCCAGAUGUACUGGAUCCAGAUCUGAAUAAAGAGAAGCUGGAGAUUAUGAAAGAGCAGCUGGUCUCUGGAUGUUCAGCAGGUCUCAGUUCAGUUCUGCUCACCGUUCCUCUAAAAGAACCUGUGGGAAAUGAGGAAGAGAUCCUGGAUUUCUUUAAGUGUUUAUUUGGUCCUGAAGUUCAGAAGUACAUCAUGAUUCUGUUCACACAUGGAGAUGAGCUGGAGGAUCUGGAUGAGACCAUUGAUGAACAUCUACAAAACCAUGCAGAUCUACAGCGACUGGUGACUGAAUGUGGAAGAAAGUUUCACUGUUUCAAUAACAAGAGAAAAUCAGACAGUCAAAUACAAGGACUACUGCAGAAGAUUGAAGGAAUGAUGAUGGAGAAUGGAGGGAAAUUUAUCAUGAAACAAAUGAGGAGGAAUGAUAGCAUGGACAAUGUUUUCAAUUUUUCAGGAAAGUCUCCAGCUGAAGAUUCAUAUGUGAUUAAUAUGAUUCCUGGGAGGAAAGAUCAGAUCAGGCUGGUUCUGCUGGGAAAAACUGGUUCUGGGAAAAGUGCAGCAGGAAACACCAUCAUCGGCAGAAAUGUGUUUGAAUCCUCCAUCAGCUCAAACUCUCUGACGAAACAGUGUCAGUUAGAAACUAUAGAGAGGAUUAGUAAACAGAUCUCAGUGAUCGACACACCUGGACUUUAUCAUACUAAACUCAAUGAAAAGGAGGUUAAAACUGAAAUAGUGAAGUGCAUAACAUACGCCUCUCCUGGACCACACGCUUUUAUCAUCGUCAUUAAAGUUGGUACAUUCGCUAAUGAGGAGAAAAAUACAAUAAAGGAGCUUAAAGAAGUGUUUGGAGAACAGAUGGAAAAAUAUUCCAUGAUCCUCUUCACUCACAAAGAUCAGUUAGAGAAGCAAAAUAAAACUAUUGAAGAGUUUCUGGAAAAUAAUUCAGAUCUUAAAGAACUUGUAGAGAGUUGUGGAAACAGAUUCUUCUGUUUAGACAACAAGUCAGCCAGUUUCACACAGUUCAGAGAUCUGAUCAGUAAAAUUGAUAAGAUGGUGAAAGAAAAUGGCGGCUACUUUACAAAUGAAAUGUUUUAUGAAACAGAGAAAUACAUUCAGGAGAUUCAGAAGCAGAAACUGGAUGAGAAAGUUAAGCAGUUCAAACAGAAGCAUAAAAUGGUUGAUCAAACAGAAUGGCAGAAAAUAUACUGCCGUUUAAUAGAGGAGUCAAGACGAGAAGUGCUGUAUGGUGACAAUGCUCAUAUAUGCAUAGCUGUGCACCAAUUUCUGAUAGUGGCAAUUCCUGAGGAAAAAGAAAGUGCAGUAAAAGAGGCUGAGAGCAAAAGAAUCAGUCGUAGGAAGGCAGUUCGACUUGCAUUCAGAACUACAGGAAAACUAGCAAAACAGAAGAUGUGUGGAAUUCAAUGA